AUGGAAAACCCAGUAGCAAAUGAUCUCGUCGAGUUCUUGAAUGCUUCCCCGACAGCUUUUCACGCAGUGGAUAGUCCCUGCUUAAAGCUAAAACCUAUCACAAAGGUUAAAAAAGGUGGCUAUCUUGAGGUUGGUGUGCAAACUUAUGGUGGUGGCCUGUGGCACACGUGGUUCGAUCGUGACCUGGCAAUCGCUGGAAGAGUGAUAGUUAGGGAGAAGAAAGAUGGGUUUGAGUCAUUCUCUCACCGGCUUGUAAGAAUCGAGGAGCCUAUUAUGAGGGUGCCGACUCUGGCUAUCCACUUGGACAGGGAGGUAAAUGAUGGUUUUAAGGUUAACAAACAGACUCAUCUUGCUCCCGUGUUGGCUACUUCAGUAAAGGCUGAGCUGAAUAAACAAGCUGCCUCGAAUGGUUCCACUGAAAGUGGGGCAAGUGCGGGCAAGAAAGCUGAUGGAAAGUCGAAUACAAACCAAAAACACCAUCCCCUUCUUCUGCAGCUGAUUGCCAGUCAACUUCGGUGCGAACCAGAUGCAAUAUGUGAUUUCGAGUUGCAAGCAUGUGAUACCCAGAAAAGUGUCAUCGGUGGGGCCUUGAAGGAGUUUGUUUUAUCUGGAAGAUUGGAUAACCUCUGCAUGUCUUUUUGCUCUUUGAAGGCACUGAUAGAUUCGACUUCCACCGAGAGGAGUCUUGAGGACGAGAGCGGGAUUAGAAUGGUGGCUUUAUUUGAUCAUGAAGAGGUUGGAUCUGACUCAGCACAAGGAGCCGGGUCCCCGGUUAUGUUGGAUGCCUUAUCGCGAAUCACUUCUUCGUUCAGUUCAGAUACAAAGUUGCUGCCAAAAGCAAUUCAGAGGAGUUAUCUAGUAUCAGCUGACAUGGCUCAUGCCUUGCAUCCGAAUUAUAUGGACAAACAUGAAGAAAACCAUCAGCCUAAGAUGCACGGUGGGCUCGUCAUUAAACACAACGCGAACCAAAGAUAUGCAACAAAUGCAGUAACUUCUUUCUUGUUCAGAGAGAUUGCAGCCAAGCACAACCUUCCUGUACAGGAUUUUGUGGUUCGCAAUGACAUGGCUUGUGGUUCGACAAUCGGGCCCAUAUUGGCGAGUGGUGUGGGCAUUCGAACUGUUGAUGUUGGGGCCCCACAACUGUCGAUGCAUAGCAUAAGAGAAAUGUGUGCGGUUGAUGAUGUGGAGCAUUCUUACGAGCACUUCAAGGCAUUCUUCCAAGACUUCUCAAAUUUGGAUGCUAAACUCACCGUGGACAUUUAG